AUGCGAGAAGACCGACUUGUCUUCUCCGACCUCCGACUGGACGCUGGUGAAAAACGCAAAUUUCUACAAUGCUAUCAACAUGAUUACGAUACCUACAGGCGUUACCUCAGAGAUGAAUACUGUAUUCGUCACAAGGCCCAAUCAGCGCUGGAAGACAAAGAUGAGGGUUUUAUCACCACUCGUCGUGGAACUGUGACUGGAUUUGGUCAGGGUGAUGUUGAGAUACGUUUGCCAGGACUUAGCUGUCCGCUUUGGGCUGUUCAAGCACAAAGCACAGGUCUCAAAAAGGGAGAUUCUGGGGCCUGGGUAACAAACGUCAGAAGCGAGCUUUACGGAAUGCUUGUCGGAGGACUUCCUAGUCUCCAGCUCGGACUUCUCGUCCCUGCGUCACACAUCUUUAAGGAGAUGGUAGGCCAAGGUCUAGAGCAACCAUUUCCGCCAUCUCUAUUGGAGAUAGCGAUCCACGCCACUGAAGUGGGGAUACUUUCCUACUCUCCACGAGACCUCUUUGGCCUCUCACGAACAAGCAGUUGA